AUGGCUGAUGACGGUGAUAAUGUAGCCGUGAUGACAGUAAAAGAACCUCUUGAUUUAAUAAGGCUAAGCCUCGAUGAAAGAAUAUAUGUUAAAAUGCGAAAUGAACGCGAGCUACGCGGGAAACUUCAUGCAUAUGACCAACAUUUAAAUAUGGUUUUGGGAGAUGCUGAAGAAACUAUUACAACAGUAGAAAUUGAUGAAGAAACAUAUGAAGAAGUAUACAGAACAACAAAAAGAAAUAUUCCAAUGUUAUUUGUCAGAGGAGAUGGUGUAAUUUUAGUAUCUCCACCAAUUCGUGUUGGUAUU